AAAAUUCUCCAUGCCAGUCUGUGAUACUCUCGCAGGGUCACUGCUGGGAGAGAAAGCUGCUCAGAGGAGGAGUAUGGAGCCCUUGACUCGUUCAGAGGUGUUUGGACAGCUCAGGAAGGAGCUCUACGGAGACAAAGAGUUGGGUCAUUCCAGCACACACAUAUUUAUCAUCCUGGGAGCAUCUGGAGAUCUUGCUAAAAAGAAGAUCUAUCCAACGUUGUGGUGGUUGUUCAGAGAUGGCCUGCUCCCAGAGGACAUCUAUAUCGUGGGAUUUGCCCGUUCUAACCUGACUGUGGAGAACAUUAAGGCAGCGUGUCUGCCUCACAUGAAGGUCACUAAUGAAGAACUUGAUAGUAUGUCAGCCUUCUUCAAAAGGAACUCCUACCUGAGUGGUCGGUAUGAAGAUAGCAAAUCCUUUGAACAACUCAACAACCACCUGUCAUCUCUGCCUGGAGGGGAAAAGGCCAAUCGGCUCUUCUACCUGGCGCUGCCCCCCACUGUCUACCACCAUGUCAGCGCAAACAUCAGAAACCACUGCAUGAGCUGCAAAGGUUGGAACAGGUUAAUCUUUGAGAAGCCGUUCGGGCGGGACCUCCAGAGCUCCCAGGAGCUGUCAGCCCACCUGUCUUCCCUGUUCAAAGAAGACCAGAUCUACCGCAUAGAUCACUACCUGGGAAAAGAGAUGGUCCAGAACCUCAUGGUUCUCAGGUUUGGAAAUCGCAUUUUUGGACCCAUCUGGAACCGGAACAGUGUGGCCUGUGUGGUGCUCACCUUCAAGGAGCCCUUUGGCACGCAGGGCCGAGGAGGAUACUUUGAUGGCUUUGGGAUAAUUAGAGAUGUCAUGCAGAACCACCUGCUCCAGAUGCUCUGUUUGAUUGCAAUGGAAAAACCUGCAUCCACCAGCCCAGAUGAUGUGAGAAAUGAGAAGGUGAAGGUACUGAAGUGCAUCGCUCCUCCUGAUAUGCAAGAUGUGGUGCUUGGUCAGUAUGUAGGAGAUCCGAGCGGAGAGGGGGACUCCAAACUGGGUUACCUUGAUGAUCCCACAGUCCCGAAAGGCUCCUGCACACCAACCUUUGCAACUGCAGUUCUCUAUGUCCAGAAUGAAAGAUGGGAUGGGAUUCCUUUCAUUCUGCGCUGCGGAAAAGCCCUGAAUGAGCGCAAAGCGGAGGUGCGUCUGCAGUUCACGGACGUACCUGGAGACAUCUUUGCUGGACGCUGCCAGAGGAACGAGUUGGUGGUCCGGGUGCAGCCAGACGAGGCCAUUUACCUGAAGAUGAUGACCAAGAAGCCGGGAGUCUUCUUCAGCCCGGAGGAGACUGAGCUAGACCUCACCUACAGGAGCAGAUACAAGAACGUGACGCUCCCUGAUGCUUAUGAGAGACUGAUUCUGGAUGUCUUCUGUGGAAACCAGAUGCACUUUGUCCGCAGCGAUGAGUUGCGAGAGGCCUGGAGGAUCUUCACCCCCCUCCUCCACCAAAUAGAAGCUAUGAAGAAACAGCCUAUUCCUUACACAUAUGGAAGUCGUGGUCCGAGUGAAUCAGAUGAUCUCAUGCAGAGGGCGGGCUUCCGCUAUGAGGGAACAUACAAGUCUGCGCCCUAAGCUGCAACAACAAAUGUGCACAGAUCACAACAUGUAGGGACCUUUCCUAGGAUUCGGAAAGUUGUGGGAAGAUUUUGAUUGAGAUUGAUUUCCAAUAAUAAUAAUAAUAAUAA